GAAAACAGCUCUCACUAAGAAGAUCUCUCUAUGCAUGACUUAGUCCGAGAUAUGGGAAGAGAAGUUGUUCGCAAAGAAGUGCCUACACAGCCUGAAAAAAGAAGCAGAUUGACUUUAGCUGAUGAUGUCUUUGAUGUUCUCAAGGGUGACAAGGGUACCGAAGCAAUUGAAACAAUGAUCAUAUAUUUGCAAAAGAAUGUGAAUUUGAAUACUAAGGUAUUCUCUAAAAUGACCAGAUUAAGAUUACUCAAAAUCUUGUCCAUGAAUGUUAGGGGAUCUUUAAAAUACUUGUCCAAUGAACUCAGGUUGCUUUAUUGGAAAAAUUGCCCUUUGAGAUGCAUAUCCUCUGAUCUUUGCUUGGGAAAACUUGUUAUUUUAGAAAUACAAGGAGACAAUAUCGAGGAAUUCCAACCUAAUUUGCAGCGUUUUACAUGCUUGGAGGUCUUAGUGCUUGCUCUUUGCAAGAAACUUAAAAGAGCUCCCAACUUUGGUGGAGCACAUAGUCUAAAGAAACCCUCCCUGUGGGGUUGUUCAAAGUUGGUUGAAUUGCCACAAUCAAUUGAGGAUUUAAAAAACCUUGUCCAGUUAGAUUUGGGUGCUUGCAAGAAUCUCAGGGCGCUUCCUAAUAGCAUUUGUAAGUUGAAAUCUCUUCAGGAUCUUAAUCUGCGAGGAUGCUACAAGAUAAAAGAAUUGCCUGCUAACUUGGGAAAAUUGGAGCAAUUAGGUCUGCUUAAUGCAAUUGAUACUUCGGUGUCACAUCUACCUUUUUCUUGCAGAUCUUUGAGAUAUCUCAAAACUCUGCUACUACCACCAUUGUUGGAAGGGUAUAGGAGUGUGAAACCUAUUGGGCAUUUGACAUCUUCAUGUGCUAAUUUAUGUUCCUUGGAAACUCUAAGGGCUCCUUACCAAUCUUUGCAGCAUUUAUCCUUAUUGGCAAAUUUAGAUCUUCAAACUGGUCAUGGGAAUUUAUCCUUAUUGAAAGAUUUAGAUCUAAGGUAUAGUUGUUUCCAUUCCUUGCCCUUAAACCUUUGUCAUCUUGCCCAGCUACAAGUACUCCGCUUGGACAACUGUCUGAACCUUCAAGUGAUUAAAGAUCUUCCACCUUGCCUGGAGAAUCUCUUUGCAGUAAAUUGUCCCUUGCUAGAAAGCGUACGAGAUCUUCCACCUAGCUUAAAGGAUCUCUUGUUAGAUGAUUGCCCCUUGCUGGAAGACAUACAAGACCUAUCUGGCUUAAUAGGGCUACAUUAUUUGUAUUUUUAUAACUGCAGCAAUUUGAUUGAGCUUCAAGGCCUUGAGAAUCUCGUUGAGUUAAGAGAAAUUGACAUUAGAAAUUGUAGCACUCUGAGCAGUAAAUCUUGGUUUGUGAACUUGUGUAAGGCACUUUUGCAAAACUCGAACUGUCGUGAAUGGCUUAAAAUGAGUGUUUCAAAAGACAUGGUUUCAAAAUACUUGUGCAGCAAUAAUGAAGUAGCUGGAUGUUCAUCGAAUUACAGUUUGGCAUUGUUUUUGAAGAAAAAAGGGAUAUUUAUUGUUGUGGAGAUUUUAUGUUUCUUUCGGCAGCAAUUUUUGGAUUACAAAAUGAUUGGAACAGAGUUGAUAUAUCCAGAUGAUGAUAUGGAGGUUCGAUGCACAGUAUAUAAUCUUUUUACAGAACCCAAUAAAUUCGAAGAAGUAGAGGAGCUUAUAGAGUUGCAUUCAUCGUCUGAGGAAAAAUGGAAAGAUAGAAGCAUUCUUCAAACAUGUAUAGUAUAUGAAGAAGAGGGUGAGGUAUACUUCAUUCCUAUGAACCCAAAUGUGGUGAUAAAAUUCCACCCUCAAUCUACUGACGAUGAAAUUACAGGCAUGGAAAGAGAGCAGCAGAAUGAAGGGACUUGCAUUUGGGAUGCUGUAUGUCUGCACCCUUUAUUUCGAUGUCUUGGUUUUUCUGACUGACACAUAAUUAGCUCAAUUGAUUAACUGUUUUAAGGCUUGUGCAGCAGUUUUAAUCUCUUCUAUAUAUAGUCUUGUUGGCUUGUGCACAUUGUUUUGUAUGGUAAUGUUGUGCCAUCAGGUUUGCUCUAUAAAUGCUUGUACAUGAAUAAUUUUAUACUUGAGUUAAACCAACACUUUCAUUUCU